UUUUAUAACAUCAAUACUAUAUUGGUAUCGUAUUUAUUUUAAUUAUAAAUUAAUUUACUUCAAUGUACGAAUUAUUAAGUUCACACAAAUGGCCGCAAAUAACAAGGAUGUGAUCGAUUCUCAAAUAUCUGUAGAGAAUGUUUCAUUUUUGGAAAAUUGUUUCGACAAUUCCUUUACAAUACAAAACUCUUUAGUGACAGUGAGAGACUACAUUACACAUACCGUCCCUAUAGCUGAUCGGAGCAAUAAGAAUGGAAAGAGCAACACAGUAAAAAAAAUUGUCUCAAGUUUAGAGUUAAGUCUAAGUACUAAGGAAGUUAAAAAGUCUGAGCAAAAUAUAAAUGUAAGAAAGUUAAAAAAUUGGGGCUUACCAUUUGAAAUUACAAAAAAAUAUGAAGAUAAAGGGAUUAAGGAAAUGUUUGAAUGGCAAGUAUCCUGCCUUAGCCAAUCGAAUGUGCUAUCAGAACAUCGUAACUUAGUUUAUUCUGCACCUACAUCUGCAGGAAAAACUUUAGUAGCAGAAAUACUUACGAUAAAAACAAUAUUAGAGCGUCAAAAAAAGGUAUUAAUUAUUUUACCUUUUGUAUCAAUUGUAAGGGAGAAGAUGUUUUACUUACAAGACAUUUUAUCCAGUUCUGGGAUAAGAGUUGAAGGGUUUAUGGGAUCACAAUCACCACCAGGGGGCUUACAAGCUGUACAUGUUGCUAUAUGUACAAUAGAAAAAGCAAAUAGUUUAGUUAAUCGUCUUAUUGACGAAGGUAACAUAUCUGAAUUGGGUGCUGUUGUGGUUGAUGAGUUACAUUUAUUAGGGGAUUCAAACCGUGGAUACAUCUUAGAACUACUGUUAACAAAAAUUAAGUACAUUUCUUUAAAGGCAAAUGAUGUUAACAUACAAAUUGUUGGUAUGUCGGCUACAUUGCCUAAUUUGGAAGUUCUGGCUGCAUGGUUGGAUGCAGAAUUAUUUAUUACAGAUUUUCGACCUAUUCCCCUUGAAGAGUAUUGUUUAGUGGGUAAAAAAUUAUAUGACAAAAAAGGAACAUACUUACGAUCAAUAGAUGAUAAUACAGGGUUGGAUAAUGAAAAUGAAAGUGUACUAAAUAUUUGUUUAGAUACAAUAAAAGAAGGGUGCUCAGUAUUAAUAUUUUGCAUGACAAAAAAUAGAUGUGAAAGUCUAGCACAAAGUAUUGCAUCCAUAUUUUUUAAGUUGGGAUGUACAAAUAAUGAUAUAGGUACAGUUUUAAGAAAUCAAUUAAAUACAGAAAAGAUUGCAGAAGUUUUAGAACAACUUAAAAAUUGUCCUGUUGGUUUGGAUGAUAUUCUAAAAAAUAUUGUGUCAUUUGGUGUUGCUUAUCACCAUGCAGGUCUUACUUUUGACGAAAGAGACAUAAUUGAAGGUGCAUUUAAGUGUGGUGCCAUAAGAGUUUUAGUGGCGACAUCUACACUCAGCUCUGGUGUUAAUCUACCCGCAAGAAGAGUUAUUAUAAGAACACCUGUAUUCCAAAGACAACCUUUGAAUAUUUUAACUUAUAAACAAAUGAUUGGUAGAGCAGGCAGAAUGGGCAGAGAUAUUAAAGGGGAAAGUAUACUUAUAUGUACGGAGGCUGAGAGAAAAAUAGGUCAAGAAUUAAUGGUAGGUGUUUUGAAUCCUGUUAAAAGUUGCAUUGAAAGUGAGGACAGAUAUAUGAGGGCCGUUCUUGAAAUUAUUGCUAGUCAAGUAACAUGUACAGAGUCAGAAUUAAAUCUUUAUACAAAAUGUUCUUUAUUAUUCAACCAAGAAAAGAAGAGACAGUCACAAAUGUUACUAUUGGGAGAAACUUUAGACCAAUUAAAAAAUUAUGAACUGGUAAGAGUUCAGGAGGAUGGUAAUGAGAUUCAGUAUGUAGCUACUUCUUUAGGCAAAGCUUGUUUAUCAUCGUCAAUGGCUCCUAAUGAUGGACUGUCUUUAUUCUGUGAACUGCAGAAAGCUCGACAAUGUAUUGUACUAGAAAAUGAUUUACAUCUAAUCUACUUAGUGACACCAUACAGUGUUAGCAGUCAGUGGAAUGAUAUUGACUGGUUACAUUUAUUAACUUUAUGGGAGUCCCUAACUAGAGCAAUGAAAAAAGUCGGUGAACUAAUUGGUAUACAAGAAAGUUUUAUAAUACAACGUUUAAGAGGAAGUAAUCACGCGAAAAUCGAUCAAAAGAAGCUGAAUAUUCAUAAAAGGUUUUAUACAGCAUUGGCUUUGCAAGAUUUAGUAAAUGAAGUACCAUUGUCACAAGUAGCGGAGAAAUUUCAAUGUCCUAGAGGUUUCUUACAGGGACUACAACAAGCUGCUGCUACAUUUGCAGGAAUGGUAACAGCAUUUUGUCAUCAAUUAGGAUGGAAGAAUAUGGAAUUGUUAAUAUCCCAAUUCCAGGAUCGUCUACAUUUUGGUAUACAUUCAGAGUUAAUUGAACUGAUGAAGUUGUCAUCGUUAAAUGGGAUAAGAGCUAGAGCACUAUUUGAUAAAGGUUUUGAAACGAUAUCAAGCAUAGCUUCAGCAGAUGUAAAUACGAUUGAAAAUAUAUUGCUAAAAGCGGUCCCAUUUCAAAGCGAAAAAGAAAGAGAUGGUGACGAUCAAUGCGAUUUAAAAAAGCGCAAUAAAAUUAAAAAUAUUUGGAUAACUGGUUGUUGUGGUAUGACAGCUAAAGAGGCGGCUUUAAACUUUAUCCUUGAAGCGAGAAAAUAUUUACAAGAAGAAAUUGGUGUAAAGGAAAUAAAAUGGAACGAAUUAGAGAAUAAAACCAAUUACAGUGAUUCAAAUUCUAAUUGUAAUAAUUUUUUGAAUUCGCAACAAAAUAGCAAACAAACCAAUGGUACAAAUGGCCAUAUAAUAGCUGAAAAUGUAUCUAGUCCUCAAGAAAAAAAUGGCAUUAUAACAGAUUACGAAAAUAAUAAGGACAAGAAUUUAAAGAAUAAUAUUUCCUUGUUAUCAAAUAAAGGAGUACUAAUAAACGAUAAUGUAGAAAGAACGGCAAACGCCAAACAUUCCACUCAAGAAAACAAGUCCUUGAGAAAAGAAAAAAUUGACCAAGAUUGCCUAGAAAUUAAAGAUAGUCCUAUAAUGAACAAUAUCAAAUUUGCUAGAAAUGAUAGUCCGUCCAUAUUAAAAGAUGAUAUAGUAUGGGAAUCUCUUGACUUUUCCACUGCACUGAACAAUGUAUCAAAAUUGAAGGCAUCCGAUAAAAUAAUGUCACCAGAAAUUAGUUUUGGGGAUAGUGAAUUGAAUAUUGCUAUUCCAGAAAAUGCCAAUGAAAACAAAUUGUUAAAAGACAUGUCUGCCAAAGAUGCAUCUACCAAAGAUGUUAGCUUAUUUUCAUCCGAUGAAAGCGGAUCCAGUUUUUUUGAUGAGACAUUACCAAUCGACCUUUUGCCGACUACAUUUAGCAAAAGUGAGGAUAAUAAAAAUACAAGCCUCAAUGAUGUUACAAUUGACUGUCAGUCAAUAUUAAACGCGUUUACAUCUUCCAUCGCAGUGGCUGAUGACGACGACGAUAUUAAAUUAAUGUACGAAGAAGAUAGAAAGGAACUGAAACCAGGCAAUCUAAAUAUCUCACAAGCUGUGGAGAUUAUUAAUUCCCAAGAUGCAGUUAAAAUCUGGGAUUAUAAAAGUCCCCUUAAACGACAAAGUCAUAGAUUAAAUGAGCUACAGCAGCCAUCAAAAAGAUUAAAAAAAGACACAGAUGAUAUAAAUUUUAAUAUAAUUACUUUAAAAUGUAAUCGAUCUAAAAAAAUAAGCUUUGAAAUAAGACAGAAAGUUAUUAAUUGUUAUAUUUUGAGAGAAAUAGACUUGAUAGAAUAUUUAGAUAAAAUAAAAUCGUAUCAUAACGCUUCUAUAUACUUAGAUUUAAAUGAAUCAACAUCAACUAUUGAAAUAAUAGGAAGUAGUAUAUUUAAAAAGUUUGAUGAUUCGCAUAAAGGGAACAUUAUUACUAAUAUAAACGCUUUAAAAGGAAUAGCGAUGUGCUUUAAUAAAGAUCUAUGUGUUUACUUUGAUUUUACUUCUGUAACGGAAAGAUUUUACGAAAUUAAGAAAAAAAUAUCUUAUUGGUUGAGUAUAGACUCUUUAAACCUGAGCUUGCUGUCGUUGAAGACAACUUAUGCGCAUUUAAAACGUAGUUUGGCUGUAGAUUUGAAUACGAAUUGUACAGAUUUGUCAUUAGCUGAAUGGUUAAUACAGAGUGAUGAAAAAAUUCCUGACAUCAACGAUUUGAUGAGAAAAUAUUGUGAUAUCGAUUUGUCGACAGAAAUGUUAAAUAUUGGGAAUGCACAAAAGAAUCUUAAAAGCGCUGACUGUAUAGAGAGUGCUUUAUUUAAAGCAUGGUGCACACAAUGCAUAAGUGAAAAGCAAAAGGAGCUUCUUUUGAAGCAAUAUCAAGACAUCAACAAUAUAGCAAAUGUAGAAACUUAUGUUGCAAGGAUUUUAGCGAAUUGUGAACACCACGGUCUUGCGGUUGACAGAGAUCUGGCCGCAAAGCUUUUGAUUGAUGUGAAAAAUACACAAGAAAUAUUAAUGAAGAAGGCUUAUAAAAUAUGCGGAUACCAUUUCAAUUUGAAUUCGUCGAAAGAUGUCGCUAAGGUAUUAGGCUUUUAUAAAGGUAGAAGAGUAAGUACAAAGAAAAGUGUACUAACCGCACAUAACAGUCCUUUGGCCAGUAUUGUUAUUUAUUGGAGGAAUUUGAACGCAAUAUUAACUAAAACUUUAUACCCGUUGACUGAGAAAGCAAGCAAUUACUCUACGGCCGACAGAAUAAACCCCUCCUACACAAUGCACACUUGCACCGGCCGUAUAACUAUGCGAGAGCCGAACCUACAAAAUGUACCCAGAACGUUCUCCAUUCCCGUCAAAUAUCUUACAAUGACAAACGAAAAUGACCUUUCCACCGACGUGAUAGAGUUCAAUUGUAGAAACGUGUUUGUAGCGACGCCGGGAUGUGUUUUCGUUUCUGCUGAUUAUUGUCAGUUGGAAAUGAGAAUACUCACCCAUUACAGCUGUGACCCUGUUUUGACGAAGAUUAUGAGGUCUGAUGUUGAUGUUUUUAAAGCUAUAGCUGCUUCAUGGAGCUGUUUACCAGAGGAAGAGGUUGAUGACGAUCUCCGUCAGAAAGCUAAACAGCUUUGUUAUGGAAUCCUGUACGGUAUGGGCAAUAGGACUUUGAGUCAACAUCUUGACGUCACAGAAAUGGAGGCUGCAGUUUUCAUGGACUCAUUCUAUAAUACAUAUCCCUCUUUAAAAAUGUUCAAACAAUCAAUUAUAGAUGCCUGCAGGGAACAUGGUUUUGUUGAAACUUUAAAGAAACGUCGAAGAUAUUUACCUGAUAUUAAAAGUAAUCUACCACAUAAAAGAAGUGCAGCGGAACGUCAAGCAGUGAAUACGACGAUUCAAGGCUCCGCAGCAGACGUCGCUAAAGCAGCUAUGUGCGCUAUAGAUAAAACACAAUUUUCUCAUAUAAAACCUCGUCUUAUAUUACAAUUGCACGAUGAACUUAUUUAUGAAGUACAAGAAGAAUAUAUGAAAGAUUUCUCGAAAGUUCUAAAACGAGUUAUGGAAGAUACAGUAUGUUUAAAUGUUCCUUUACCCGUUAAAGUGAAGUCAGGAAAAACUUGGGGUACACUCAAUGAAAUAAAGGUUUAAAUCUAGACUGAUAAUAUAAUGAAAUUUAAAAAUAUAUAGUCUGUGAUAUUUAAUAUAGCUCACUUUAUGA